UGUCUCAGAGCUGCAGAGCGAGGCCAAGUACAAGGAGGCGAGCAGGAAGGAGGCGAGCAGCUGUCUGUACCACCAGUUGCCUGAAACCCUGGAGACGCUCCAUGCUAAAGAGGCUAGUGAGCUGCAGAGUCAGAUGAAGUACAAGGAAGCAGGUAAGAAAGAGCUGAGCACCAACCUGUACUCACUGCUGCCUGAGACAGAACAGAUGAAGUUUGCUAAAGCCGCCAUGGAGCUUCAGAGUGAGAAUAAAUACAAGCAGAAAGGCAGACAGGAGAUCAGCAGCAGUGUUUUCCACCACAUGCCGGAGACCAAAGAGACCGAGUUCGCCAAGCAGAUCUCUGAUCUUCAGAGUGAGACAAAGUACAAGAAGGACAAAGAGGAUCUGCCCAACACGUUAUACUCUCUGCUGUCUGAAACCCUGGAGACUCAGUUUGCUAGAGAGAUGGCUGAGACACACAGCGAGAGCAAAUACAAGGAGGCGGGUAGGAAGGAGCUGGUUAACAGUCUGUAUUCUCUGCUGCCUGAGACCAAAGACACUCAGCAUGCCAAGGAGCAAACUCAGCUGCACAGCGAGAAAGCUUACAGGAAGGAGGGGAGGAAGGAAGCUGGCUGCAGUCUGUACGCCCAGAUGCCCCAAACCAUCGAGACCGUCUUCGCUAAAGAGCUGACCAAGACGCAGAGUGACGUGAGUCUAACGGAGCUCUGUGACCUUCACAGUGUGAGAUAGAAAAUGACUCUUUGCAGAUGAUUUUAAUAGCUUCAAAC